AUGGAGAAAACAGAACAGCCCCCGACACCCGAUCUCGAAGCCCCAAAUGUUCCCGCCAAACAGUCCAGCGUCGUCCAACGAUGGAAACAAAACCUGACCCCCACACACGCAGACUUCGUCUGUCUGAUGCUCACCUUCCUCACUGGUCUAUGCGAUAGCAGCGCCUACAAUGCGUGGUCCUGCUUCCUCGGAAUGCAAACGGGAAACACCAUCUUCCUCGGUCUCGGCGCCUCCAAUCAACCAAACAGCAAACCAUGGGGCUGGCUCAAGUCCUUCGUCUCGAUCGCAUCGUUCUUCUUCGGCGCGAUGAUCUUCUCGAUCGCGAUGCGCAGCGUCGGCGCCCUUCGUCGCGGAACCCUCUUCACCUCAUUCUUGGUGCAAACAAUUAUGAUCGUCAUCGCUGUCGCGUUAAUCGAAGCCGAUCUCAUCCCCCACACCUCCUCUGACGCCGCCCUGGAUGGUGGGGCCCUCUUCCUCGAGUUGAUCCCGAUCGGCCUGCUCGCUUUCCAGUCCGCUGGUGGAAUGACAUGCAGUCGUGCGCUGGGAUACAACGAGAUCCCGACUGUGGUCUUGACGAGUGUUUACUUUGAUAUUGCGUCGGAUCCGAAGCUCGUUGAUAAGCCGACUGCGAAUGCUAAGCGCAACCGUCGUGUCGGUGGCGUUGUGUGUCUGCUGAUCGGUGCUAUUGUCGGUGGAUGGCUGAGUCGUAGCAGUGGUGGUAUGCAGUCUGCGCUGUGGAUGGCUGCUGGUAUGAAGUUCGUUGCUGCGAUUGCGUGGUUAUUCUGGAAGGCUGCGCCGGCGAAAUAG